UUCAGUUUGCGGCAAGCUGCUCACAACGCCAUGGUGCGCAAGAAGAAGAAGUCGCUGAACACGCUCGUCAAGGCGAAUGGCCUCGCGACCGCCGACGCGCCGCUGCCCGCCGACAUCCGCUCGAUCCUGCUGCCGUCGCCGGUCGCCGUCUCGCUCCAUACCGGUGCCAACGCGACGCUCGACCUCGACCUCGGCGCGCUGACGCACAACCUGCUCCAUGCGCCCGACUCGUACGCGCAGCUCAAGGCGCUGCAGCUCUUCCGCUCGCACCUCAAGCUUGUCGUCGCCGCCGCACCCGCGAUCCGCGAGCUCGACGCCGUCGCCCAAGCCGACCUCUGGUCGUUUGCGUCCACCGCGCUGCGCUUUGCCUUUCGCCUGUACAUUGCCAAGCCGGUGCGGCUCAUGCGCAAGACGAUCCUCCCGAUUCUCGAUGCGCUGCUCUCGUACGAUGCGGCGUUCCCGCACCUCGCGUCGCCGUCGCUCUCGGAUGUCCUCGCGGACGAAGUCGAGUCGUUUCUUCAGGUCGCGACGGCCACCGAUGCGGACGCGACCUCGGAGGCGCUCGACGUCAUCGACCAGCUGCUCGGCCUCGCCGAGUGCCCGCACAUUGCCGAGAUGCUCUGGCUGCUGCACCCGCUCGGGCACCCGGGUCUCGCGUCGCUGCUCGCCUUUUGCGCGACGCAGCUGCGCGUGCUCUCGGCGCCCAUUGCAGCGUACGCCGCGACGACCACGACCGAUGACGACGACGACGUCAUGCAGUCGUCCGAAGUCAUCCACGCGUCGGAGCGUUGCCAAAACCUUCUCAAGACGCUCAUUUUGCUCGCGUCCGUGCAGCAAAAGACCGCCACGCGCGUCGUGCUCUUUUCGACGACGACGGCGAUCGGGUCGCCGCGGUCGCUGCAUGCGACGCUCGAGGCCAUGGUGCAGCAGUGCGUCAUUGUGCUCAACUCGCCCGUCGUCGCCAAGGACCUCCUCACCCAAGUCGGUCUCGUGACUGCGCUUCUCCUCAAGCUGCACUACCACGGCAACGACUUUGCCGGCGACAUGCUCGCAUGGGUGUUUCCGUCGUCGGCCGGCGUCACCGGCUGGCUCCGGUGCCUCGACCUCUCGGCGUUCACGCCUCUCUCGCGCCUCGCCUUGUACCGCGGUCUCUUCAACGCGAUCGACGACGCUGCCUUCCAACGCCCGUUCCGAUCCUCGAACGUCCUGCAAGUGGCAUUUGACACGGUGCUACGCUCGUGCGUCGGUGCGCCGACGCUCAACACGCGUCUGUAUGCCUUCCAGGUGCUCGAGAUGUUCCUGCGGCGUACGAUUGCGCUGGCGCAGCGCACGUCCGCCGAUGUGCUCACACCCGCCUCGGUGCUCAACGUUCUCGACGUCGUCUUGCUCAACUGGGAGCAUCCGUCGAAGCGCAUCAACCAGUUUAUGACGCCAAUGUUCACGCACCUCGUUGCACUCCUCGACCUCAAGGCGUCGGCCGGUUUGGACAAGUGGACAGCGAUCAUUACGCGGGUGCUGGCCCAACCAGAAGAGAGUCGGUCGCGGUACCUGGCAACGACGGUCCUCCUCCCCAAGGUGACGGCAAAGGGUCUUCUCGCGUCGCAUCAAGGCUUCCUUGCGUCCGUGCUCGUGGCCGUCGCCAACAAGGACGUCUCGGCGGCGGCUGCCUGUCUCUUUGUCCAAGUCGUCGACGAUCUCAAGUGCACGACGGAAGAUGCUGCUAUGUGGGCCGGUCUGUGGGUGCCGUACCUUGUGCACGCGCUCUUGUCGAAUGACGCGGGCAGCCGCCUCCGCGUCGCCACGUAUGUGCUCCCAAUCUUGAUCAAAUCAGACGCGGCCAGUGUACCGCCGCUCCUUGCCGCUCUCCGCGCGCAGCCAGCGUCCGACACGCGGCUCUGGUCGAUGCUGGAGCUCGUCAAGUGUGCGCGCAAGUCGGUGGCGUCGCCGCCGACGCUGACGCUCGACGAAGUCCACGUUGGGCUUGUGCACGCCGACGGCGAGAUUCGCAUGGCAGCGUACGACAUGGUGUGUGCAAGCCUCAAGACGACCGCGCUGCCGUCGCCCUCGGACCUGCAGCUCGUCCAGCUGUUCUUCAUCGCCAGCGCCAAGUCGAUUGCGCCGUCGCUUCGCAUGAAGUCGAUCAUUGGCCUGAAAGCAAUGCUGCUCCGGAUCCGCGACGGCAUGCGCAAGAGCUGCCGCCGGGACGCCGCAACAACGGAUGACGUGGCGCACCAGUUUCCGCGCUGGGUCGCGGACCUCGUCGUUGCGUGCGUCUACCCCGGCGCGACGCCGCAGCGAGUGACGAUGGGCCUCGAGAUCCUCCAGCUGUACUUGCAGAUCUUUGACGGCACGCCGUUCUUGUUUCCGGCGGUCACCAAGGCCCUCUUCAACGCGCUCAUUAGCUCGUGGGACAAGGUGCGUGCGCUUGCGUACUCGAUUCUCGAGACGUUUCCGUCGCCGCUGCCCGGCUACGACGACGCGGUGAACCUCCAGUCGCUGUACCGAUGGGCGCUCACGCUCGCGAGCAGCCCGCGCCAGCGCGAGACGGACGCCGGCGCGCUCUUCCUCCGGCUGUUGGCCAAGCAGAGCGCGCUUCUCGUGCAAUUUGGUAUUGUGCCCAAGUCGCAGAUUGUGGGCGCGUCGGUGCAGCAAGCCUUGGUCGACCACCUCGUGAGCAUCCUCGCGUCGCGUCUUGCCGUCGUGCGUGCGAACGCGGACGUGUCGGAGCCGCCACUCAUCCACGGCCUCUUGCUCUCGAUCCGGUUCUUGCUCGACGACGCGCAAGUGACGCUGCCGACGUGGCAGACGACGCUGUCGGCGACAUUCGAGUGCCUCUGGGAAAGCAUGCAACUCGCACUGAGCGUCGUUGGUGACGCGACGUCGGGCAUUGGCGCUGCGUCGCUCGAUGACACGUUUGACGUGGCCAACGAAGUCCUUACGUCCGAGCAGCUGCGCGCAAAAGCCGUCGACUCGCGUGGCCAUGUGGUCCUCGAUGAAGACGACACGGACCCAGACACGGAGCAGCGCGCGGUGGUCGGUAGCUGGCUUGCGGCGCGCGAAGCCGGUGCGGCUAUGGACACGCUCGUGCGGCUGGCGCUGCCGCUGGCGACGGUCACCGACGACGCGCUCCUCACGUCGUUGCACAAGGCCGGCGCGACGUUGCUCAACGCGCUCUUUGAGCUCAAGCAUGGCGGUGCGGUCGCGACUGUCUCGGUGGCAUUCGAAGGCAUUUGCCGAUCGCUGCUGCACCACAGCGAGCGCCACCGCCACCUCGGCACGUGGCCGGCCAAGUGGUGCGACACGCUGCUGUCGCGUCUCGAGCACGCGGAGCAGGCGUUCAUUUUGCGCCGCUCGGCGGGCUUUGCGAGCUCGUUUGUUGCGCUGCUUCGGUCUGAGCCCCGCAACGCGGCUGCGACGAUGCUGCCCAAGGUGCUCAGCGUGCUUCUCCGUCUCGGUGGCCGCGCAAACGCCAUCGACAAGUCGCGUGUCCAUGCGCUCAACAUUCUCAAGCUCCUCGCGCAAGAUGCUGUGCUUGCUGAAGACAUGGCCGCGCACGUGCCGUCGAUGCUCCGCCUCGCGAUCGAUGGCUUUGAGAGCACGUCGUGGGCCGUCCGGAACUCGUCGAUGAUGCUCUUUGCGGCCGCGACCCAGCGCGCGAUCGGCGACAAGCAGGUGGCCGACGGCGCGGCGCCCAACGGUGUCUCGUCGACCGACGUCUUUUCGCGCUGCACGGGCGUCGACACGUUCCUGGCCGACCACGUCGGGGCGAUGACCAACUCGGCGCUAUACCCGCUUCUGCUCUUGAUGAGCCGCCUCCGGCCGGGCGACGGGGCGACCACGAGCGUCCUUCCGCUCUCGACCUUUGUGCCCAUGGUGACGGCGUGCGCGUCACAAUCGCACAUCUUUCACCGACGCAUUGCCGCCCAUGCGCUCGCUGCGAUUGUCCGGACGCAGGACAUUGCCGAUGUGAUUGCAUCGCUCUUGCCGUCGCUAACGCAGUGGAUCCCGCGCCGAACGUCGCACAAUGCGAUGCACGGCACCUUGCUGCAGCUGCUCGCGCUGCUCGACCGUGCGGCCGACGACAAGGCCAAGAAGCUCGUGUCGGCGUCGGCGUUUGCGGCGCUUCUGGCGCCGAUCGUGGAAGCGUGCACGGCGCUGCUGCCCUCUGCGCUCGCGCUCAAGUGCAUGACCAACAAGGGCACGUUCUUGCAGCUCGUCUCCAGUGUGCUGCAGCAUGCGCCGGACGCAAAGCUGACGCAAAGCAUGUGGGAUGCGUGCAUAGUGCUGUACAAGGACGACGUGCCCCGCCACCGGAGCCCGGGCCUCGAUAUCGUCCACCAAGCAGUGGCUGCGUUUGUCGUCAGCUACGUUGUCGCACACCCCGUGCAUGCCGAUGUCGUGCGCGCCGGCCUCCGUAGCUCCGUGUUUGAGCUCCGGCGGUCGACAACGACCGCGUGUGCGGCCCAAGCGACGGCGAUGGCGCCACUGUCUCUUGUCGCAACUCUUGCCGCGCAAGUCGUGGUCGAAACACACCCGCCGACGCUGGGCCGCCAGUUGCAACUGCUGGUGACGCUCGCACCGUCAUCGUUGGAGGUCUGGACGCACGUGUCGCCCGCGCUCCCCACGUUGCUCGAGCUCAGUGUCCACGCGGUCGACGCCACGUCCAAGGCUGCCGCGCUCCAGGUGCUCGCGCUCUUGCAUGCGACGGCGACGGUGUCGGCGCCGCCGGCACUCGCCGAGACGCUCGUGUGUCAAAUUCAAGUGCUCAGCGACGAGCUGCAGCCGCUGGUCGUUCGUCUGGCGGCGGCGCGCAGCUUGCAUCUGAGCAAGCUUUUGGCGCAGCAGUCGAACGCCAACUUGGUCGUCGACGGCUGGCUCGCAGCGCUCGUCUUGCUCCAGGACGACGAAGCCUGUGUGCGUGAGGCCAUCCGCGCGACGGUCGCACCCUUGGUCACGUCGGCGCACGCGGCGCCGUCCGACAUGAUGGUGCUGCCGUAUGCUGUCGCCUACUUGGCCCAAACAUUUGGCCACGUCGGGCGUCUCCAAGAGGCCAUUGCGAGCUACUUGACGACGUACACGGCGCUCUAUCCGCGCCUCGACGAGUGCAUCAGCGCGUCCGACGGCCACGCGUACAACGUACUCUGCGACAAGAUUUUUGAGGCUGAGAGCGGCAACUACUUCAAGGAGCACGAGCUGCUCGUGCAGCUUUUCGCCCAGCACUUUGUGCGCACGGGCAAGGUCCGUCUCCCGACUGUGGUGGCCGAUCUCGAAACGUGUCUGCGUCGCUGGGCGGCCGCGAACGCGCUGCACCAGCAGGCGUGGGUCGGUGGCACGACCUUCUUUCCCGACGUCUUCCCGCUCUUCCAUAACGCGCUCCUUGUCGUCAUUGCCCAAGUGCACGCGAUGAACGAGACGGCGUGUGAGGGGCUGCAAGCACUGGCGCGCAACGUGCUCGGGUCCGAGACGCACAACAUGCACCCGCUCUUGUGCCAAGCGCUCACGGCGUUGGCGACCGGGGAUCCGUCCUUGGCGCCACUGCUCUUCCUGACGCCGUCCUGGGCGAGCAAGCACCAGAUUGUGGCGUAGUUACUGCCGUUUACACGAAAGGAAUACAUGCUUUUUCAUCGCCUUA